AUGGUGAAAGUUGAGGUCACUAUCGUUUCAAAAGAAACAAUCAAACCAUCUACACCAAUAUUGAAUCAUCUGAAACCCUACAAACUCACCCUCCUUGAUCAAGUCACUCCGGCAACUUACGUUCCCAUGAUUGGAGAUGCAGCAACAAUGAGUGCUUUCCUACAUUCUUGGGCUGCCACCUUUAUUGGGUCUCCGGCAAAAGUUAGAAGUCCGAAUUUCUCAGUGGGAUCAACCAUGUUUCCACCUAGAGAUUCACUUCCACCAAAGAAUAUAGCUACAAUGGAUAACUUGUGGUUCAAAGAAGGUGAUUAUGUUACGAGAAGGUUUGUGUUCCAUGACAAAGCAAUAACCACUUUAAGGGCCAAAGCGAAAAGCGAUCUUGUUCCUAAUCCAACACGCAUUGAGGCACUGACAUGUUUCAUUUGGAAACAUUGCAUGGCAGCUUCUAAAGCCAAAUCACCAGGUUCGGAAAAGACAUCCAUAAUGGUUCAAGCAGUGAACUUGAGGACACGAAUGAAGCCACACUUGUCAGAUGCUUCUAUUGGAAAUAUAUUUUGGUGGGCACCGGCAGGAGCUGAUUUGGCUAUGGAAGAGAGAGAGUUGGUGGACCUUGUAAAUGAAUCCAUCGCAGGGUUUGAUACUGUUUGUGCGGAAAGUUUGCAAGGGGAUGAAGGGUUUUCGACUUUCUCUAAUUACUUUGGCCACUUACAAGAUAUGUUUUUUGCAGAAGUAAAACCAGAUGUUUGUGCGUUUACAUGCUGGCUUAGGUUUUUUAACGAUAUUGAUUUUGGUUGGGGGAAGCCAUUUUGGAUUGGUAUCAUGGGGAAAGUUGGCCCUAAGUUUAGAAAUUUAAUAAUUUUCAGUGAAACCCCACGGGGUAUUGGGAUUGAGGCAUGGGUGACCAUAGAUGAGAAAGAAAUGGUCAUAUUGGAGAAUGAUCCAGAAUUUCUUACAUUUGCUUCCCUAAAUCCUAGCAUUUCAGUAUCUCUUUAA